CCCUUAGCAACUAAAACUAUUAACUAAACACCAUCCAGUUAAACCGUAGCUGGGGAUAUGUGAAGGAACUACCAUUAUUUUAAGCAGCAUCCCUAGUUUUCUUUAGCGUCCUCAACCUUGGAACAUAAACAUAAGGAAGCCAGUUAAAUGCUGUACUGUCAUACCCGAGGCAAAGAAUGAUUGACAACAUCUUGGCCAGGAGAAGUGUACAACAACACGAGAUGAAAAAACAAAGGGAUGAAAUGAAAAAUGUCUUAUCAAGACAGGGAAAAUAAAGGUACUCUCCAGAGUCGAAUUCACUCCACAGUGGAAAAUCUGCCUGAACUAGAGGCCAGAGUCCAGAACCUCAGGGGGGAGCUUUAUAUAGAAAGGGAGAAGAAGCUAAGGCCUUAUAUCGGAGAGUCCUUGACAGUUGGUGCUGAGCCCUAUCAACUACAAGACAUGAAAAUGGUUACCACUGAAAUGGCAAAGCAUCUGCGGCAGGAGAUAUUUAGUCAGAAGAACCCAAACUGGGCUUUAAGUUUUGAUGUAAUCCUCAGUGCCACCAAGGAAGAAAGAAAUACCAAGGAAAGAAGAGAGAAAAAGAAUGAUGAUGAUCGAACCUAUUUUGUCCUACAACACAUCAAAGUUCAAGAUCAUUACAGCAAGAAAGAAGUAUGGAAAUGUAUGUUGGAAGAACAUGUUGAAGAUGAGAGUAUGAAGAGAGGUGGAUAUGUGGAUGAUGGAUUCAACAUUUUAGCAUCAUUUUAGCAUCAUUUAGCUCUCACUGAAGUCAGGAGUUUCUUCCACUGACCUUACCAGAAUCAGCCCACAAGUUAGUUCCCUAGAUACUGUUUUAAAAUUCUAUUUUUCUAUUUUUGAAAUUAUUUUUCACUUGAAAUACAUCUACACAUUCAUACACCUGACAAGAAUGACAAAUACCUAAACAAUUGCAUCGGUCACAUACAUAUAUCUGUUCUAUUGUUACUUUUCCUUCACAACUGAGAGCUUGAUAGGAAUGUGAUUUUGCUUGAAAAGACUGGUUUGCCAGAACUGAAAUGUUUCUUGAAAAGGCAGCAGCUUGGAAGGCCACGUUUCUAGGGCGUGUGGCUCUAGGGCAGCCCUAUGAGGCUGACUGUCCUAGGACUUUUAAGUUCUUGGGAUAGCUGGUUCUUCAUGCAGUGGGAAUCAAACCAACAGAGCAGCUGAUAGGCUAAGGAGUCUGGGAGCCAUGGAGUUCAACAGCUGUGCAGUGGAGCCUGAAGACCACUUCAAGACUUCCAGGCUCUUGGCUCUGUGACAGGGGUUCUCAGGGCUUCUAGGUUCCCUGCUGCAGAGUUGGAAAGCCCUGUGAACUCAUGAUUGACUCUCCCAUGCAAGCAAACUAUCUGAGAUCUCCAUAAUGAGCUCAGAGUAUUGUUGGUGUUACUUGUUUUUACGUUGUUGGCCCGGAUCCUGCAAACACUUCUACCAUGCUUAAACUGUAAUCACAAGUGGUUUGAGUAAUUUCAGUGGGACUGCUCACAUGCAUAAAGUUACUUACAAGCUUAAAGCUUUGCAGAAAUGGACUGGGCCUUUCUCCUCCUUCCUAAUAAAGACAAAAUGGAUGGUUGCAGUAAAGAGAUCAUAGAUGUAUUAGAAUAUUUUAUUACUGAUAGUGGGAGAAACUUGGGGGGAAGGGUGGGGGGACCUGUACAAUGCCACAGUCACUUUAAGCUACUGUAAAAUAUUUAGUUUUUUAGGCAUCCAAACAUUGCCUUUGCUCCAGGUGAAAACAUUUUAAGCCUGAGAAAAGAAAAAAGGUCUUCAUGUGAAUAUUUAGUGUAGAAAUAAACUUAUCCUCAGUUCAGCAGAUACAAAAUACAACAGAAAACUCUCAGAUCUAAGGUAACUAUUUUAGUAAAGGAGUAAAUUUUCUGAGUCCUAAAUUGAAAACCAAAGCUAGCAGAGUCUUCUUAGGAAAACAGAAAUAAAUGUAUUAAAAAAAACUUGUGGUACAACCAAGUCAUUCUUUUAAAUUGGUAUGACUUACAUUAGUUAAAUGAAAAGCUGCACCUGGCACUUUUUUCAAACUAGAGUACUCCAAAGCAGAAAAUCUUGCUAUCAGUUCACAGGGUCAGCAUACAAUGGUAGGUCUGUCAGGGUACCUCCUCCCAGGGACAACAGCUCAGACUAGCAAUUUGAGCAGAACCAAUUUGAGCUGAUCAAGGUUUGAAGGAGAGAAAUACAGGCAAUCAAAUAUUGAAGUCAAGCAACUAGAUGACAUCUGAGUAGUGGGUUCCUGUUCUAAUGGGCAGGAUUUAAUUUUUUUUAAAUCAAUAUUGGACUAGGGGCACUACCCCAUGUUCACAUCUGUCUUCAGCAAGAUGGGCCUUAUGGCUCAGUGAGGCUGCAGCCUGAAGAGUGCAGCCAUGCCGUAUGUGGUGCUGCAGACCUGUCUGCAGCACAAUACACCGCGCAUUCAGGUGUUUCCUGCACUGCUACCUUACAGCAUGUGUGUGUGGAGGGGGGCUGACUCCAGUAGAUCCUGGGAUCAAAAAUCCUGCACAAAAAAAAGCAGGGUGGUGCACAUGGAGGCAGCACGCACCACCCAAAACCAGAGCCUAGCUGGCCAGAGCCACGCUACGGCUGCCAGCCAGGCUCCCAGCUGCAGGAGUGACAUAGCUGCACCUUUCCCUGCCCCCAGGGCCCCAGGUAAGGCUGAGCACAGUUGCUGGACCCACCCUCCUCUAUACCACCCAAGGUAACCUGCCACAUGCCAGAGGGCGCAUGGCAUGCAUGUUCCCCAAGGACAGCUAGCAGUGGCACAAGAUGCCCCCAGUUGUCCCCAGGGAAUCGAAUGUCCGUGCUUUUCUGGACAUGGCCUGAGUCAUGGCAUUGAAAUCAGUUUGAGCAGGGCUGACCCACUGUAGUAGUAAUAGUUUCAUAGUUGUUAGGGGCUGGAAGGAACCUUACAGAUCAUCAGGUCCAGACCCCCUUCACUUGGACAGGAAAGACUGCUGGGAUCAGAUGACCUUAGCAAGAUGGGCAUCAAGAUGUUUUUUGAAGAUUGCCAGGGUGGAUGACUGUACCACUUAUGGGGGUAGACUGUUCCAAACCUUCAGCACUCGACUUGUAAAGAAGUUUUUUCUUAUGUCUAGCCUGAAGCAAUCUUCAAUAAAAUUGUGCCCAUUAUUUCUUGUCCUCCCCUGGGAUUUUGUAAAAUCAGUUUUUUUUCUGAUGGUUAUUAGAUAGUAAGCUCCAAGGGACAGCCUAGGACAACUGUGCAAGACAAUGGCACCUUUCCACUGCAAAACUAAUAUCUAUAUCAGAAAAUUAUAACGUGGCUACCUUGAGCUACAUUUUUGAGUGAUAAUGAACUAAUGUUGCUCUGUAUCCCUCUACUUAUGCCUUUUAGUUCAAGUCAAAUGCUUAAUCAUAA